AUGCAGAUAGAUACUCAAAUCAGAGGGAUAGAGGAUCUCACGGUGGGGAUUCUGGUUAUGGUGGGGGUAAUAAACCUUGGAACAGGCAGUCAUCGUUUGGUAAUGGAGGGGGAGGGGGAGGGGGAGGUUCUUCAAGGCCUCCGUUUAAGGGACAGAGAGUUUGCAAGUAUCAUGAGAGUGGUCAUUGCAAGAAGGGUGCUUCUUGUGAUUAUAUGCACACAUGAUAGGGGUGAGAGUGAGUUCGUUCAAGAAAUUGUUAAAAAUAUUGUAGAAAGAUUGAAACAAUAUCAAUCAUCAGAUGAGCAAUAUUUCAAGGGACUCAUUGGAAUUAAAGAAAAUAUAAAGGAAAUUGAAUCGCUAUUAUCCAUUGGCUCAAAAGAUAUUCGCCUUACUGGUAUUUGGGGCAUGGGGGGUAUGGGUAAGACUACCCUUGCUAAAGUUGUAUUUAAAAAAUUAUCAGAUUCUCAAUCAUUCGAAGGUUUUUGUUUCCUUAAUGAUGUUAGAGAAAAACAUAAAGGACCCGGCGGAUUAGAUCAUCUGAGAAAGAUUAUUAUAUCUUGUUUAUUGAAUGAUAAAACUAUUGAAAGUAUGGUUAACCCCGUUGAAGCUUUACCUUCUAUUAUUUUUCAGAGACUUCAACGUAAAAAGGUACUCAUUGUUUUGGAUGAUCUGGACAGCUCCAUCCAAAUAGAUGAUUUAGUUAAAGGGUAUCUUGAACUUGCUCCUGGAAGCAGAAUCAUUGUUACAACUAGAGAUAAGCACGUGCUUACGAAAGCAACCAAUAGAAUUCACAAGGUCAAGAGGUUAAAUGACACUGAUUCUCUUGAUCUCUUCCGUUUGCAUGCUUUUCCUGAAAACUCUCCAACAACUGAUGAUGAAAUGGUGUCAGAGGUAAUAAGAUAUGCUGAUGGGAACCCACUAGUUCUUAAGGUCUUUGGUGGUUUCCUUUGCGGUAGAGAUAAAACAGUAUGGGAAGGUGCAUUGAAGAAGCUGAAAAGGGAUCAAGAUUUGAACAUUCAACAAGUGUUGAAAAUCAGUUACGACGGGCUAGAUAAUGGGAGCAAGCAUAUGUUUCUGGACAUUGCUUUCUUAUUUAAUUCGUCUUUUACAAGAGACCAUGCAAAAAGCAUCUUAGGUGACGCUGUGGAAAUGGAAAUAACUCUUCUCAUUGAGAAGUGUUUAAUUGAAGAUGAUGAAGGUAACACGCUACGGAUGCAUGAUUUGCUACGCCAAAUGGGUCUGGAAAUUGUACGUGAUGAAGACACAGAACCUGGUAAUCGCAGUAGGUUGUGCGAUGCUGUGGAAGUUUGUGAUGUAUUGGAAAAUUGUACAGGAACCGCAGCAGUUGAAGUCAUAUCAUUGGACAUGUUUGAAGUUGAAAAAGAUGUGAUAGUGCAUCCUAAAGCAUUCUCAAAAAUGUGCAACCUACGACUUCUCAGAUUUUAUUAUGGUGAUGAUGAUACUGCCAGAAAUGAGUGGAUCCACAAGUUCAAACUGUCCAUUCCUCGAGCUCUUCACUCUUAUCUUUCUCCUAAGUUAUGGUUUUUACAAUGGGACUCAUACCCUUUGAAAUCGUUGCCAUCAAAAUUUAAUCCUAAGAAUCUUGUUGGACUUGUACUUCGUGGCAGCCGCCUUGAAAAGCUUUGGAAAAGUAGUAAAGUUGAAAAGGUUUGGAAUAGUCGUAAAGUUAUGUCUUUUCCGGUGUUAAGAAGUUUGGAUCUUAGUUUUUCUAAGUUCUGUACUCAACCACCAGAUUUGACUCAGGUUCCUAAUCUGGAAACGAUAAAUCUUGAUGGCUGCUCCAAAUUCAGAGAUGUUAAAGGGUUGUUCAAGAGAAAAGCGGGAUCUUCUAAAAGUUGUAUCCAAAAUUUUUUAAGCAAUUUAAGUCUCUACUCAUCUCAUUCUCACAUUUCUCCAAAGUUGGCACCUAAUUUGAGAUCUUUAAUUUUGCGUAAUACGGCAAUAGAAACACUGCCCCCAUCAAUUGGGUAUCUGUCGGGUCUUGUUGAAUUAAGUUUGGGGCAUUGUAAAAGACUUAAUAGUCUUCCGACAAGCAUUUGUCUCUUGAAGUCUCUUGAAUCCUUAAAUCUAGUGGGUUGUAAGAAAUUGACAACGUUUCCGGAAAUCUUGGAGCCCAUGGAACGCUUGAGAGCUCUUUGGUUAGCAUCCUCGGGGAUUGAAAAGUUGCCAGAGUCGAUUGAAAAUCUAGUAUCCCUUGAGAGUUUAGAUAUGGGAAAUUGCAAAGGCCUUGAGUUUCUCCCCAACAGUCUAGGUAAAUUAAGGAACCUUUUCAUGAUGUUGCUCUCGAGCUGUUCAAGACUUCAAGAAUUGCCUGCCAUUUCACCAUCUUUGAGCAUGUUGUUAAUGAAGGAUUGUCGGAGAUUGAAAUAUUUGCCAGAGAUUCCAUCUCAAUAUUUAUGUGUAAACGCAGUUGGCUGCACAUCACUGGAGAACAUUUCAAAUAUUAGAUGUAUUUCACCAUUCUGCAAAACGGAUACGCCAAGAAUUUUUUUGCUUGAUUUCUUCACAUUUUACGGUUGUGGAAAAAUGGAUCAGAACACACGCAAAAUGCUUGCUGAUCAGGCAUUAUUUCGUAUUCUGUAUCGUUUGAUAUUCGGAUAUGCAAACUCUGACAAUGGUUGUCGUAAAGAUUGUUUUUGCUGUCCAGGAGAUGAAAUUCCAGAGUGGUUCGACCAUCAAACUUGUGGGACUUCAAUCAGUAAUAUUAUGCCUCCUCCAAAUUGGAAUGAUCCCAACUUCUUGUCUGUCGCUUUCUGCAUUGUUGUUCAUCAGAAUACAACUGAUUCAUUUCCAGAGCUUGCCACCAAAUGGAAAUUCAAUUCCCAAAACAUCGAAUUUGAGCAUGAGUUUCGCUAUUUUUCGUCCAAGGGCGUUAGGCAUAGGGAGGUCAGUUCAGAUCACGUGUACAUCGAGCAAGUACUAAAACCGACUUGGCAGCAAAAAAUGGAUGAACUAAAUUGGUCAAAUACUUGUUGCACUGACGUCUCUUUCCAUGCCUAUUUGUACGAUCGAAAGAAGUCUUGUGAGAUUAAGAAGUUUGGGGUUCGGUUUAUAUACAAACAAGACUUAAAGAGUUUAAUUGAAAAAACUGAAAGAAAGAAUAAGAGACGCUUCAAUGAAUGUUGUGAAUCAAGUGGAAGUGAAGCUGUUGAUUCUCUUGAGGAAGAAGACGAUGAUGAAGCACAUUUUAAGAAACUCAAAGUUAAUGCGCCGGAAUGUUUAUAA